AUGGCAGACCAUUCAAAGAGAAGAGAAGCCGAAUCGGAAGCGGCCGUACAUUCGCAAUCUGAUGACGAGGCACUACCAGCGUAUACUGACAGCACUGAUCAUCAGACACCUGCUGAAAACAUUAAGGGACAAGAACUCGAGGAGUCGACUCCAAGGUUAAAUUUGCUGACCACGAACCUCACAUCUAUCCCUACGGUGGACUCGUGUCUAGCACAUCUGAGACUGCUUCGGGCUUUUGAGGUGUUGAAGCGAAAGACUGGGUACACCGACGGUCUAUGGGAUAUUUGGGAUUCACGGGCCCAAAAUAAGCUCGAUAUCCUGUCCAAGCUGCGAGAAAAGCGAUGGGCGAUCUUUGUUGCUCGAGCAGUGGACCGCUACGAGGCUUGGUGGAAGAGUUUUGUGCCGGAUAUGCUCAAGGAGAAGGACAUGCUUCGGGGAGAUAGCGAAGCACGGAGCUCAAGUUUUGAGUGCUUUACAUCUGUACACAACCUCAUGAAAUGGACCUUGGCUUCAUUGCCUCCUCCUGACAUCCUUCUCGUCUGGCAUACUCACAUGCUUAAUCCGCGGGUCUAUCUUGAAGAUUGCAUCAGAUCGGGCUAUGGUUCUCUAUGGAGUUCGGGUUUGCCAUGGGAUAUUGUUGACCAGAGUAUAAACUCUAUUAGUGAGUUCUCUGCCACGCAAGAAGGCAGGAUAAACUGGUCCGAAAGAACAGGCCAUGAAUGGGCCAAUGAGCAGGACUCAAUGCACAAAGACAUGAAAUGUCCGACAUGUUCGGAGCUCAAGUCAAUUCCAUGGACGACAUGUGGUCAGGAUCAAGGUUCUAAGGAAAAGCCGGGCCUUGUGGGUUCCGGAUAUGGCGAUGGAAACCUGAGCACUACCUGCAAGAAAUGCGGCACCAUCAUCAACGAAGAACUUCUCCGGGCGGCCAAAUUCCGCGCUGAUCUGAGGAACCUUAUCACAAAAGACUGGCCCAUGCCAGGGACAAUUAUUGAUGUUCAGGAUGGUCUAGUCAAGUUACAAGAAGCUAAUAGUGAUCAGCUCUUCCCUAACCGCCUUGCUCGUUUCGGUUUGUUGGUCGAGAUUACCCAAGCGUUUGAACCCGGAAGUUCAACCAGACCUAGCAUGGAAUACAUCCGAGGCAAGAUCGAGGACAUUACUCUUCAAACCAAGUAUCGUCACAGCAGUGAUCAGUUGAAGAAAAUUGACAAAGGGAUCACUGGUGCCAGUACUGCUGCCCAUCAUGUAUUAUCUCAACCAGCUCGAAUGCAGACAAGAUGUAUGAUGUCACGAUACUGGACGAAUACAUCUGUCUUUGGGUUGGAUCUCAAAGGCGCAGUAAUGAGACAGGGCGUUUUUUGUGAGAAGAUGUUCAAGAUCAACUGGCUACAAAGCCCCACUGCAGAAUUCACUAUGGAAAAGCUCCUGAAGAAAUAUGAAAGAUUCUUUGAAAUUCAGGUCGCUAACCCAGGUCAAAUCGUUACACCCACGCUAGAUGUUGACCUCGGCUGGCAUACUCACCAACUCAGUCCACGUCACUACCUGGAGUACGCAACGAAGGAGACAGGUGCCUUCACCGACCACAACGACAAAGUUGAUGAGGACAAGUUGGCUGUCUCUUUUGAAUGGAUGGCCAAUGCUUACCAAGAAAAGUACGGCGAAGCAUACUCAGAGUGCAAUUGUUGGUUUUGUGAAAGUUUGCGGUUCCAACAUGCUUCGUCCCUGACACAAAGAAUGACCAAGCAGAAGGCACCCCAGGUUCGCGAGCCAUGGCGAAAUACUAACCAGAGUGCGACCGAGCCUCCACAUAUAUCUUCGCACCCUUCAGUGACUCCCCUUUCAGAGCGCAACAGUAGCCGACGGACCGAGCGUUUGCUGUUCAAGAAUGAUCUAGAUGCUACUUACACCAAGCUCCUCAAGCAGACUAACCAAUCAGGUCAAGGCAAAGAGCAGAAGAAGUCAUUCUCAUCCAUUUUUAAGUCCUCUUCGUCCAGAAAUACUGCCAACGAUGCAUCGAAAUUGAUCGUAGGCCCCCGAGGUGAAGACAAGGCCGCUCAUUGGGGCAAGUCGGUGCCACUGCUCGGGCCUUGGUCAUCGACCACGUUCGCUGCCCUCACGGAGGAGAUGUACACUGCUCCUCCAGGAGCCAUCCACGAGUCAAAGGGAAGGCCGGGCGUAUGCGCGGCAGGAACUUGUGGUGGUAAGACAGGUUGUGGCAAUGGUGCGAUAGCCAUGUGUGGCGCUGGAUGCACUGGCCUGGAUAAGAACCCUUUUGGGCCCGGCUGUGUGGGAUAA